AUCUUACUUUUUCCGAUUAUUUCUUUUACUGAAAUUUAGCAUUUUCAGUUUGACUUCGAAAUUUGUCGCCAAUUAUCGAAAGUGUUUAUAUUUAAUUUCUUUUAUCACGCAUUCAUAUUAUCGCCACUUCGUUUAUUUGCCCAAAUACAAAGCUCAAAAUCGCUGUGACGAUCAUAAACUGAACUCCAAACGACUGCUGUAAAAUUGAAAAAGGUUAACAUAAUUGAAGAAAAGCUUACAGCAACACAGCUGGAGUAGACAGAAAAUAUGUCAAAGAAUUAUGUCUCCAAGGAAGAGGCCAUCAAUCAUUUGUAUGCCACAAUUAAAUCAAAAUUCGAAGAGGAUGGCGUAUUGCAAGAGGUGCGUUGCAUGCUGCAGACCAAAAUGGUUGCCAUGAUGAAGGGUAAAAGUGAUGGUCAAACUACCUUACUGGGGCGUCCGCUGCCCGAUCUUGGUAAGUUGAGUGCUGGCAGUAGCACACGCCCCACUGAGGAGAGUGAUAAUCGGCAAGAUCCACGUUUAAAGAUAAUGCAACAUCUGAUUAUGGAGUACUUUCAUUGGCAUGGCUUUCAUUAUACCGCGGAGAUGUUCGCACAAGAAAGUGGCACCGAGAAUUUACGGCCAUCACGUCAACAGCUCGAAAGGGCUGUUGGUCCCUUUGAACAUAAAAGUUUGCCCAUACUUUUGGAACUGGUUGCCGAACUCAUGGAGAAGAAUUCGUCUUGAAGGGAGUAAGCGAAAGAUAAACAGUGAGGAACGACUGUUUAGAGAGAGAAAGCGAAAGAGAAUCAAGGAAGUUUUGUUAUUUAAGUGAUAUUUUUUUUUAGAUUCAAUGGAACUUCACUUGAGAUAUAUAUAUAUGUGUAUACACAUAAAUCCAUAUAACUUCUUAAUAAAGCGAUGUACAUACGAGUA